GUGUGCCCAAAUGUUUUGGAUCCGACACCAAAAAAGUAUCAUUCUUUCGGAUAUGUUCAUGAUCAAAUUAGGAACACGUUUACCAUAACUCGCUAGCAUAAUUGCGACAAGUGAAAACCAAGAAGAAGAAGACUUAUCGCUUAACUUAGUCAUUUGAUAUCGUACGAACUGCAUCCCACCAUAGCAGACAGUACAAUAAGGAUUGAUUGAAUCAAAAGUGCGUUGUUGAAAACAGUUCCUGUACAUCGUUCGCUUAUCCGCCAAUGCAAAUAUGCUUGUGCUAGUGCUAGGAGAUCUUCACAUUCCACACCGAUGUAGUAGCGUUCCGGCCAAAUUCAAGAAGCUGUUGGUGCCGGGGCGUAUUCAUCAUAUUCUGUGUACCGGAAAUUUAUGCAGCAAAGAAUCGUACGACUAUCUCAAAACGCUGGCCAAUGACGUACACAUCGUGCGGGGAGAUUUCGACGAAAACACCAAUUACCCGGAGCAGAAGGUCGUCACAGUGGGGCAGUUCAGGAUUGGACUUUCGCACGGACACCAAGUGGUGCCGUGGGGUGACCCGGAGGCUCUAGCUCUCAUCCAACGUCAGCUUGACGUUGAUAUAUUGAUAUCAGGACACACGCAUAAGUUCGAAGCAUACGAGCACGAGAACAAGUUCUACAUCAACCCCGGAUCAGCGACUGGCUCCUACAAUCCACUAGACACCUCCGUCAUUCCGUCCUUCGUGCUGAUGGACAUCCAGAGCACGACGGUCGUAACAUACGUGUACCAGUUGGUGGGCGACGACGUCAAAGUGGAACGAAUCGAGUAUAAAAAGAAUUGAGACACGCUGACAUUCAUUAAAACCGCGUGCCGAGGCGUACGGCGUAAAUCGAAUAUCAAGAUAUGAAUUAAAAUAUGCAUAAAUAUAAUUCUAUUCAUGAUUAAAAAUCUCUCCUAA